GUUCUUCCUUCCCUGUGUGACCGAUGCAGUCGACAAUCAGAGACAACCCAAUCGCAACCCUUGUCUGCCCUCAGUCCAAGCUAUGCUCAAAAUGGAUAUUGCUCAACACCAAUUGAAACACUCGAUUCUCAAGCACUCAAGCUUGGCUUCCCUUGGCAUUGAUCUUGGUAUUUUCAGCUCCACGAUCGUUUUGCCCAGUCUCCCCACUUCCAAUGCAACGGAACGCGGCUUCUACCCGCAAUGCUGGGUGCGGUAUGCACCUUUCGAACCGUCUUGAGGUGCCCGACGACCACGAUUCUCAGUUAUCGGCCGAGAGAAAUGGAUCCUGAAGUGGAAUAUUGAGCAGUCAUAGACUCGUUUAGACCUGCUCCGCCACCUCCGCUUAGCACGCCGCUCUCGAGAGACCACGGGGGUACAGGAACCUCUUGCGCUAAUGCCAGCAACAGUGUUCUUCGAUCCCAUAUAUUCCUGACUAAGGUCCCUCUCGACCUCUCCUUUAACCUUUCUUGCUACAAGUUCUUCUUUCCUGUUUGUGUGAUCCAGCCGACGAGUAUUGUCGACCAUCGAUUCCUCACUCCGAAUCAAACAUCAUUAUGUCGGUCUUUGUAAACUAUGGCGGUCCCAAACUGGACAAGAAACAGAAGCAGCUCGUCCGUUCCCAGGCCAUGGUCUCGGUCCGCGGCCAACAGAAAAUUGCCAGGGCCGCCAACGCGCAUCAGCGUGACACAGGUGUAACCAAUCCUUCGGGUCCCUCGGCAGCAUCCGCUACUGUUUUGAGCUUAAAUCCGCGCAGGCUUGCUCCUGCCAUCCCCAACCCAAGCACGACCGAUGUCUCUGAAGAUUCUGAGGACUCCGCCGCCAUGGUGUUAGCCAAGGCACCGAGAGCCAACACUAGCCGCAAGCGCGCCGCCGCUGCUGCUGCUGCCGCUGCCGCUGUCGCUGUCGCCGCUCCUGCACUCAUCUCUAGCCGGGCCCGUCAUGCUGCUCCUCCCUCCAGCAUCAGAGACAUGUGCGGCGCACCCCCGCUGUCCACCCACUCCACGGGAGUGUCGGCCCGCACGUUCCAAGAUUACCUCUCCCGAUGUAACAACUACUCCUCGUACCUCGACCAGGCGUUUGUUCUGGUGGGGUUCAAGCAGCCGUCGUAUUUUAGGCCUGACAUGUCAAAGUCGGCCUGUAUCUACAUUGGCUGGCUGCUUACGGCAGGUGUCUUGGACGCAUACAAGGGUAGGGACGAGAUGAACUAUCCCUACUACGAGUACAGGGCUGUGUCUGAGCUCCAGAAGUUCAUCGACGGGGCGGAGCAGAGAGAGCUCCACGAGGUUGUCUACCCGGUGGUGGUGCUCUCCAUGUUUGAGAUGGUGCGUCUGAGCCCGAGGGCCAUCACACAUUCUGCUGCGGUGGAGAUGUUUAUCAAGUCCAGAGGGGGCUUAGCCAAAAUGCCGGUGGUAAUGCAGCACUUGGUGGUAAUGGGCGACAUGCUGCAAGGCGUUUCCCUGGAUGCCCCCUUGGUUUUUAACAUUCUGAACCCAGUCACCAGCCUCCGAGCCGCUACAGUGGGGCCGUUCGAGGGCCAGCAGUUCAGAUCAUCCCCCUUCCUAAUGUGUGACGCCGACGAAUUCGAUCUGGCCAAUAAGUAUGUCCAGCCACACAUUCACGGGGAUCUGCCUGAGGUGUUGCAGUCGGCGUUGGAUUCCUUGAGGCGUUUUUUCAAAAUACCAUCCGAGCGGGGGUGGGAAGAUGAGGCCGAUUGGCAGCACCUCGGAACAGUCGACUUGGACCGUAUCAUCGAUCAACCAUGGGAGGCCUCCGAUAUCUCUGGCUUGUUUCUCGAGACAUGUGCCUUGACGGCCAGGAUCAUGAGACGGACUCUGUUGGAGGGACUGGAUGCCUUCGAUGACGGCGCGAACAAGGAAGACCUGCAGGUUAUCUACGAAAAUGUCCGGUUCAUUGGCCUAAAGGCUUGGGUUGGGUUGCCGUACAUCUAUGUCUGGGUGAACUUGAUCGGCUUUGAAGCAUCAACCGACAUCAAGAUGAAGGCAUAUUUUGUAGCCGAAGUGGUGCGAUGCGCCUUUAGCUAUGGCUGUUAUCAGAUGGAGAUCUUUCAUGCCAUUCUUUCCAACUUCUUGUCCAUGAGGAAUGCGCUGAAGGAGAGGAAAUUUGCCCGCAUAGCCUUGACACUGGGAGAUUGUGGGUUCUUCGCUUGAGAAAAUGUACCUCAGGGGUUGUUGUUGCCUGGGAGAUCAGGGGAUGUUGACAUUGUUCAGGAGCUAGCAACAAAAUGUUCCCGAGGUGAUGAUGAUCGGUUAUUGUCAUUUCCACAGAAUUAUCAGCAAAAGUGGAGGUUUCAUCCCAUUUUAAAUUUGCAAAAGUUGACACCAAUCGUGUGGUGUGUGUUUG